AACCAAACAAACCGCGCUUCCGCACUUCUUCUUUAAAUUGUCGUCGUCGCCUACUCGCCUUCGUCCUCGAUUCUUCUUGUACUGUUUAUUGUUCGUUCUCAGACCGAGGAUCUGGGCGGGAGUUGGAGGUCUUCCUCCGGCAUAGCUUCUGGCGAAGUCAGCGGGCUGCGUGCGGUCGCUUUCCUCUCUCUUCCCAUCCCGAUUCCAUUCGCCAUCUUCACCUCUUGGAUCGGAAAUGGCUUUCUUGUAAAACCCUAGCCUGCAUUCGAUUCUCUAGUUGGUUUGUUACGCUUCCUCUUGGGUGACAUUUCGCUCAAAGAGGAUGACUAAGGUUGCUGCAGCUGGUCAAUUGCCCAUGUCCAGUGCUCUUCAUUUUGGCCUUGGGCCAGACGGUGGCGAUUCAAAGAUUUCUGCCACCAAUUUGAAGCGGAAAACACCUUCGGAGCUGCGGGUAGAACUACUGCAACAAAAGAAUCUAAUGGAGUUUUUACAUGAAUCUCCACCUGUUUCUGGUUUCAUGAGAAAGGCGGAUGGAAUGGUUUCUGAACCCAAAAAGUCUGAUUCAUCAAAAGAACCUCGAUUCACACGAAUAGACGAGCAUUAUCCUGUUACGAAGACCGGUCGGCUGCCUUCUAGAAAGAAAAUUCCUAAGGGAGUUGUUCCUAGUAAAUGCCCUGACAAUCUGGAUAUCUCUGGCCUUUGCUCGGAUUCAAAUGCAAAACAUCAACUGCAAAAUUCCUGCCUGGAUGAAACUGUUGCUUCCAAAGGUUGCUACGACACUUCUGACCAAACUAACGACACAAGUGAAAAAUGCACUUACAGUACAUUCAAGAGUGUUAGAGAUUUAUCAUUGGGUGGUGCAAAGUUGAAUGGCUCCACACUCAUGGAUAUGGGUAAAGCUUUAAAGGGUCUUGUUUCAUGUGAACCGCAUACUACUUCAGCUCCUAAUGCUGACGACGUUACUAAAGCAGGAAAUACAGUGCCUCAAAGUUUUUGUCCGGAACUCCAAAUACCUGGCCAAAAUGUUCCUCUGGACUUGACUCUAAAAACUAACAUGAGGUUGCUGUGUUCAUCCUCUGUGGAUUGGCUUCAUAGGCGGACAAAUUGUGCUACCUCAAAUAUCUUGGGCCUAUCUUCUCUAGUUGGUUGUGCAAAUGAAGCUGUGGCCUGCUCAUCAGAACCCACCUCCACUACUCAAGUAACAAAGUCUGCGACUUUCCAUUCUUGGGUGCAUCCUCAAUCUAGUUUACCCACUGCAGUUAUAUCAGCACUGAUCUCUGCACCAGGAGGGCAAGGGGACUUCCUAAGUAAGCGGCAACAAGCUUGGGAGGAUUCAUUUAGAAGUCUCUAUUACAUGCUGCGCAAGAAACAUUGUAAAAUAUUUUAUGUGUGCACCAUGCAAUUUGUAGCUAUGUUCACUGCAUCAAAUGGACCACAAAAAAUCAGGUGCAAUGCGUAUAUAUCUCAGUCAACAAGGAAUUUAAGGUCACAUCUCAAAGAGCAUGAUAUUCCUUUCUCAAUGCCUCUUUGCAACUCUAAAUUUGAAGAUAUUACUGCAGAAGACCUUGCUGAGCUUUCAGAAAUUGAAAAAUGCAAUCUUGGCCAGGCUCGAGCUUUGGAGUCCUUGUUUGGAAUUGACAGCACACCUCAAUCUUUAUUGAUGUUUAGUGGGAACAAAAGUGUACACGCAUUGUACGAUUUUCUGUUAAAUUAUAGAUCCUUUUUUACCUCGUUAACUAGUGAUGAUGUUCCUGUGCUGUAUUCACCGGUCCCUUUUGAAAAUGCUGCUCUUACUUCUCCUGAGGUCAGAUGCAAACAGGUUUUGAGAGUUGACAGCAUGGCUUCCCAAUUGAAGGGCUCAAAUACAGAUGUCAACUCUGGCAUCUGUUAUAGUGUUGAAAUCAAAGAUGCCUAUCUUCCACCAUGGAUAAUUUCUGGCAUUUGCAAUGCUGUGUGUUCUAAAGGGAGUGAGUUUCAAGCCAGCUUUGCAACAGAGCCCACAUCAAUGGGGUUGAAUUUGGGUCUAGAUAAGAAUGGCUAUUGUUUUGACAUUUCAAACACAGCAAGUCUUGAUUCCCUCCAACAACACCCUGCCUUUCUGAGAGGAUUGAAGUAUGGAGAUAGUUCUUACACAGGCUUUCUAUCAGAGAUAGGAAGGUCUGGUAGGUAAGUGUUGUUGUCUCCAUUCCAGAUGAGAUGCUUGCUUGGCCUGCCUGGGAGGGGGGAGGGACGAUUUUGGCUUUCUUAUUAACAACUGUCACUGUCACUGUCACUGUGACGGGUGGUGUGGUGAGAUGAUGGUAUGUAAUAUAAGUAUAAUAUAAUACACGGUGAAAUGUUGAAUUUGAAUCUGAAUUUGAAUGUUGGGACUUUUAUUACUGAACAUGAGAAGAAGGUAUCCACCACCACACCACACCACACCAUUCCACUUGUGUGAAAUUUUGCUUCAAAUGUGGACUGGGGCCACAUCAAUGAAUUGAUGUUGUGUCAAGUUUGGUGGAUCCAGAAAUUAUAGUGUAAAGGAUUUUUGCAUUAAAUGGAGUGGCCUGCCAUCUCUGUUCUGAAUUGAUGUGAUGUAAUUUUUGCUCAUUGGUGGUUGAUUUUGGAAUUAUGGUGAGAAGUGGCUGUCACUUUGUCUCGUUGCUUUGCUGCUUCUAUUGAUCUCUCUCA